AUGAAGGCCGUCCCCGUUUCGGCGGGAGCCGCGAGUGGAAGAGGCGGGGCGGAGGAGAGCCGUGCCUUUGCAGAAGACGCUACCCAGUUUCGACAGCAGGAGCUGCUUCCACCUCCCGAACUAGCGGGCGGCUCCUCGCGGCUUAGCGCGGAAAAGCAGGGUGACGCUGCGAGUGGAGCGGAGCACCGUUCUCUCCAACGCGGCUGCCCCGUUCCCCAGGACGAAGAAGUCGACUUCUUACUGGAAGAAGAAGAAGAAGAAGACUUCUUACUGGAAAUUAAUGGUUCUUUGAACUUCACACUGGAGAACCCAGAGAUAAAAGAUGUAACUUUCAGAGAUGAGGAUAUGUUGCACCCAGCACCUAGAGAAAUUAUAGCUGUUAUUACAGAAUCACUUACAGGGAUCUUCCGAAAUGCAAGUACUACAGUAUUUCCACAGCUGCAUAAUUAUGCAGUAGACUUUCUUGAGUAUCCAAGAUUCCUGAAGCUUUCGCUGAACUUUGUUGCUAUGAAUAGCAAAGUCUGGAUAUUGACUGAUGCCAACCUUUCAGAGCAUGAGGACUAUGGCAAUUUUACAGUUACUCUUGACACAAGUGAUAUCUUUGAAAUUCUUAUUAUCUCUAAUGAUAUAAAUGCCAUUGGAAAUCAACAAUCUGUUUGGAUACCAAGUGAAGAUGGGAAGACAAUCUUCUUUCCAAUUAAGCCAAAGCAGAUUGGAGAAAUUCCCACUGGAAUGAUAGCAGUAUCACACAUUGCUUCUGAUGCUCUUCUCCAGAGAUUAUUAGUGAAGCUUAUGAAACAAGGUGACAAGCUUAGUCCCUCUGUCAAUGGUUUGGAGUCACUGGCCAACAUGCUUUAUGAUUGUGGGGAGCAAAACAUGAUUAACUUUGCACCUAAUAUUUAUAUUCAGGAUUAUUUGAAUAAAACAGGCAACCUGCAAACCAAAUUUAAAUCAAAAGUUGUGUCAUAUAUGAGAGAAGAUUAUCAAAGAAAGCUUCUCUAUAAAAGACCUGAUGGCUCUUUCAGUGCUUUUCGCAAGAGUGAUCCCUCUGGGAGUAUGUGCUGUCUGAAAUUCAGUGGGGAAUGAGGAAGAGCUCUACGUACUGAACUGCAAGGAGGCACUAGCUGUUCUCUUUCGCAUACAGCGUACAUUUUGACUGCUCUAUUAGAGUAUCAAUUCAGUAAGAAAAAAGAACACUGGACUUUUCAAUUAUGUAACAUAUCGGAUAAUCAUACACUGGCUCUUGUGACUUAUGCGUUAUCGCUUGCUGAGAGUACAGCAGCAAAGGGAGAUCUCGACAAACUGAAUGAGAGAUCAGAACGAAAAGAAGAACUAGGAUUCUGGACAUCACCAUCUUCUGGACUCUCCAGUUCCUGGCAGCCACAUUCUGCAGAUAUUGAAGUUGUAGGUUAUAUGCUUCUUGUCUCAUUUUAUUCAACAAAAGGGAUUCCAAUUAUGAAAUGGCUAAGCAAGCAAAGAAACCACCUGGGAGGUUAUUCUUCACAGGACAUUACACUAUCUCUGCUGGUGUUGAGUACCUUUGCAACACUCACAGCUGAUUCUGUGACAGAAAUAGAUGUAACAGGGAAUGGAUCCUUGGAAGAAAGUCCAACCGUUUUCCAAAUUGAUUGUGAAAACUGUUUUGUUCUCAAGACCAAAGAGUUUCCAGCUACACAGCCUGUUAGAGUUACAAUUUCUGCAAAUGGCCAAGGUUUUGCUAUUUUUCAGGUCAAUGUUAUAUACAAUAUGAAAAAUUCACAUACGAGCAAAAGGCAUAGAUCUGCACAAAAUCAAGAAGCUUUUGACUUAGAUGUGUAUGUAAAGGAUGACAAAGACAUAAAUAGUUUAACUUUAAAUGUGUGUACCAGAUAUCUGGGUACUGGCUCAUCUUUAAGAAGUGGCAUGGCUGUCAUGGAGUUUGGAUUACUGAGUGGUUUCUCUCUGUCACCCGGUUUUGUGUCAUUAGAUGGCCCAGUUAAAAAGGUGGAAAAAGAUGAAGGCAAAAUCCAUUUAUAUUUGGACUCUCUAAACAAACCACAGGUUUGUAUGGAUAUUCCAGCUGUGAGAGACUUCAAGGUGGCAAAUACCCAGGAUGCUUCUGUGACCGUGAUGGAUUAUUAUGAACCCAGUAUGUGUCAAUCAUUUUUUAUGUAUUCAGUGCUGAAGUAUGCAGUUUAG